AUGGCACAGUCUCAUGAUUAUCCAGUCAUUGUGAUAGGCGGCAGCCUUGUCGGCCUGUCUGCCGCGCUCUUUCUCUCACACUGGAAUGUCCCCGUGGUUCUCCUCGAGCGACACCCUUCCAGCGCCCUUCAUCCUCGGGCGGUCGGUUAUACGGCCCGCACCAUCGAGAUGCUGAAGACUGUCGGCGCAUCUGAGGAUCUCAAGGGCAUCAUGUGGAAGGGCGGUCCACCAAAGCGAGUCGUUGUCGAAAGUCUCUCUGGAAAGUGGGAGAACGAGGUCGCCUGGACCGAAAAGAAAACUGCAUCUGCACCUCCCACUAGCGAGAAAGGAGACAAAGAAGCUCUCAAAGGCCCUCCCCCAGGUCCAGUCUACUCUCACGUCCAGGGCGUUGCCGUUGCUCAAGAUAUCAUCGAGCCCGUUCUCCGGACUCAUGCUAUCAGGCUUGGUGCCGAGCUCAGGCUGGGCCACAAGGUGCUGGACUGGACCCAGGAUGACCAAGGCGUCACAGUGACGGCGACGAAUCCCGAUGGAACUGAGUACUCGCUGCGGGGCCAGUAUCUCGUGGCGUGCGAUGGGGCACGCAGCCCGGUUCGAGAAAAACUCGGCAUCAAACGCCAGGGAGUUGGUAUCCUAAGGGCUCUGCGGAGCAUCCUAUUCAAAUGCCCCCGUAUCAACCAUUAUCUUGACCACGGCUACUCCCAGUUCCAAAUCCAGAAUGGGGAAUUCGAAGCCUUCAUGACCACCUACGGCGAGGGUCGCUGGAUGCUGGCGUGGAAUGACGGGACUGAAGACAUCAAUAGACCUGAGACGAAAUUGGACCUCAUUCGAAAGGCCACUGGGCUUCCUGACCUUACAGUCGAUGAUGUCGAGUUCAUCACGACUGGUCAGUGGGACAUUGGUGGUUUGGUUGCCGACGAGUACUCUUCCGGGAGAGUUUUCCUCGCUGGCGAUGCAGUCCACGCAUUGCCCCCAAACCGCGCUGGCUUCGGUGCCAACACUGGCAUCGCCGAUGUCCACAAUCUGGCGUGGAAGUUAGCCUCUGUCCUGCAGGGGAAGUCUCGAACAGAGAUCCUCGAGACAUAUACCCAAGAGCGUCAGCCUGUUGCCGUUGUCCGGCAUGAUCAGAUCUUUGCUCGACAGGACUACCGGCGGUAUGCGAAGGGCCUGGAGUGGCCUGGCAAGGACGCAGAAAUCCUGGACGAUAACGCUCUGGAAUUUGGCCAGAUCUAUCGCUCAAAUGGUAUUCUCGGAUCGGGAGAAAACCUCCCUCUUGCCAAGGUCCCCACUGAAUGGAAGGCCCAGCCCGGCACAAGGGCAGCACAUGUCUUUCUGCGAAAAGAUGGUGAGACAAUCUCAACUCUUGAUCUUUUCGGCACCGAAUGGGUUGUGAUUUCGAGUGAUGAGGGGUGGAAGCAACCAGUUAAGUCAGCAGCGAAGAGUCUUGGAAUAACCGUCGAAUUUGCUUUUGUUGGGAAGGAUAUUGUGGAAGAGGUUGAGGGGAGCUUCAACGACGUCUACGGGUUGAGCGAAAAUGGAGCGGCAUUGGUUCGCCCUGAUGGAGUUAUUGCAUGGAAAGUGAUAGAAAAGCUAGACGAGCCGGUGAAAGCAUUGACCGAGGCUCUGUCGAAAGCCUCUUAUGCAACCAAGAGCAACUAA